AUGGGAAAUAUAUCUGGAGGUGGCUACUUAUCAGGUGAGGACAUGGUGGAAAGAAAUAUUGGUGAGGUAGCAAUUAUGGGACUGAGUACUAAUGAUGAUGAAAGUGGGAAUGUUCAAAAGAUAAGCAAUGAUGCAUUGGAACACGAGGAGAGAGUCGAAUUAGCUGUCAUGAAGAAGUUAAAUGAUCAAGGGAAGUGUGCCUCUGAUGAGUCGACUUGUUCAAUAGCUAAUGUUUAUGCUCCUUGUGAAGUUAGCAACCAAAACAUUUUAUGGAAUGAGAUAAUGUUAGAAAAGAGAAGAGACGAUAACAUAUGGUUCACGGCUGGAGAUUUUAAUGCUAUUCGAAAUCGAAGUGAGAGAAGUGGAUGUUCUUUUAGAGAAUCUAAGUUCAAAGCGUUUAAUCAGUUCAUAGAAAAUUGUAACCUAUUUGAUAUGCCAUUAGCAGAGAGAAAAUUCACUUGGUUUGGGCUGAGAAAUAUGAGAAGUCGGUUAAAUAGAGUCGUUGUGAAGGAUGACUGGUUCCAGAAAAAUACUGAAGCAAUGUUGUGGGGAUUACCGAGAACUGUCUCGUACCAUAUUCCUAUUUUAAUGGGUAAAGAGAUGAUAGAUUGGGGGCCAAGACCUUGCAAGCUAAUUAAUAGUUGGCUAGAUCAUAAGAGUUGUGUUGAGGUCAUCAAGGACACAUUAGAGUUCGACCUUUUACAUGAUGAAUAUUUGAGUGCAAAGCUAAGAAGAGUGAAAUGUGCACUGCAAAAAUGGAAUAAAGAAUGUUACUGGAAUGUCGAUAAUGAAGUUAAAAAGAUUGAAAAGAGGAUAAAUGAGUUAGAUAGGAAAGGAGAGUUAGAUGGAUUAUAUGAUCGAGAAAGGGAGGAUGUAGCAGAUUACACGAGAAGGCUAUGGGAUUUGUGA